UAUUUAACCACGUGGGUUGCCACGUUGGCUUCCUUGGCGGCUCGUGUUUUUCCGACAAAAAUAAAAAAAGCAAUAAAUCCGCUACCAAAAGGUUGCGUCUUGGAAAUUCCAAGGGAGCGAGAAAACAUGGGAGAGGAGGAGAAAGUGAAGAAGGAAGCGCUGGAGAUUAUCGGCCAAUUCCAAAACCUACCUCGUAUGGUCGUCUUUGAUCUCGAUCAUACCCUCUGGCCUUUUUAUUGUGAGUGCUGUGAUGAGGAUGAAAUGCCGUCUUUGUAUCCACAUGCUGAAGGAAUAUUACUGGCACUAAAGGAGAAGGGAAUUGACGUUGCUAUUGCUUCGAGAUCACCAACUCCUGAUAUUGCCAAAACUUUCCUUGCCAAACUAGGAAUCCGCUCCAUGUUUGUUGCAGAGGAGAUUUUUUCCAGUUGGACACAUAAAACUGAGCAUUUCCAAAGAAUCCAUAGGAGGACUGGGGUGCCAUUUAGUUCAAUGCUCUUCUUUGAUGAUGAGGAUCGGAACAUUGAAGCAGUAUCAAAAAUGGGAGUGACUAGCAUCUAUGUUGGCAAUGGGGUGAACCUCAGAGCUCUAAGGCAGGGAAUGUCAGAAUUUUUGCAAAAAUCUGAAUCGUCUAGUGGGGCCAGGUGCAAGUAAAUUUUCCAUUGUUGUAUCAUAAUCCAUGAUAAUGAUAUCAGCCUGAAAACUUUCAUGGAUUUUGUUAUAUUUGUAGUUAGCAGCAAAUGCCAUCUGUUUAGCAUAUUCUUAUUCUAAAGCCUAUUGUUCUGUGACUGUACUGCAUGCAUCUGUUUAGAUAUAUUUCGCAUAUACUAUUGUUGUUCAAAAUUCUUGUCAAUCUACUUAAGAAACAACAAAGAGGAUCUAGCACUCUUUUUUGUCAUUGCAAUGGAAAAGCUUGCUGCAAUUUGAG